AUGUCUUGUGCAUCAGGAACUGGGCAGAUUAUGCAGCUUCGGAUCAAUGUACCAUUGAAGACUCCUCUUCACACCUCACAUGACCUAGUGACACAUAAUGUAGCUCCUGUGGAGAUUGACAAAGCUCUAAUGGAACAACAACAAUUUGAGGAUGAAGGAGAUGAUGAGUCAACGGCUGAAAAUUUCAAUAAAAUGGCAAGGGAGGUUGACCUAUCUCGUAGAGCUAGUUCUAAGGUAGGUGGAGAAUUUAAAGUGGUACUUCAUGAAGAUGAAAAGAUUGGUGGUCUUCCAGUGUAUCCUCCUGAGUAUGAAAAAUUUGCAUUUUGUGUUAAUUCAAGUGGAUUGUUUGACCUAGGAUACAAGGGAAUCCAUUCACUUGGUGGAAUGGAAGACCCAAUGUUGAGUAAUCUUUUUUCUACCAUUGAGGUAGAGCACUUGAUAAGAAUUGGUUCUGAUAAUGCCCCUCUGUUCCUGAGAUGUGGAGAACAAGCUUCAAAUUAUGUUAAGCCAUUUAAGUUUCUCAAGUUUUGGACUAAACAUGAAUUCAUUAAAGAUGUGGUGAGGCAGAAUUGGCAUGUAGACUUUAUUUGUGAUCCUUUUCUCAUGUUCAAGAGCAAGUUGAAUAAUGUGAAGGUUGCAUUGUCCCAGUGGAGUAAAGUCACUUAUGGUGACAUCUUCAAGAAGUUGGCAAUCUUGAAGGAUAUUGUAAAGGUGAAGGAGAUGUUAUUUGAGGAGGAACCAAUAAUUGCUAAUAGAAUAGCGCUCCAACAUGCCCAGGUAGAAUCGAAGAAGUACUUGAAUAUUGGGGAGCAAUAUUGGAAGCAAAAAACUGGGAUGACUUGGAGGAAGCUGCAACUGAAGAGGAUUCAAAAUGGAGGUUGGGAUAGGAUUGAUGAUCAAGUUCAACUGGAUGUUGUUGUUGUGGACUUCUACCAGAAUCAUUUUACCAAAGAAGGUGAUCCUACAAAUUUUUCCUUGCUUGGCAAUGUACCUUCUAUGGUGAUUGUGGAGCAAAACAUGGAGUUGUGUAGAUAUCCAACACUAGAAGAGAUCAAAGGUACAGUGUUUGAGUUGAGUGGAGAUAGUGUUAGGGGUCCUGAUGGAUAUACUGGAACAUUUUAUCAAGACUGCUGGGAGAUUAUUGGCUAUAAUAUACACAACAUGGUACUACAUUUUUAUGGAGGUGCUACACUGCCAAAGUCCAUCACACACACUAAGUUGGUGUUGCUGCCUAAGAAACCUAUGGUGCAAACAUUCUCUGAUCUCAGACCUAUAAGCUUGAGCAACUUCAUCUACAAGGAGAUAGUAACUGAUAAAAGACUGAGAGCUAAGCCUGCUAAUGUUGUGAUUAAGUUGGACAUGGCUAAGGCUUAUGAUAGGGGUUCGUCAAGUCCACAAGAGGGGUUCUCAGCGGUAGUGCUAUCUAUGUCCUUGAACAAGUUGUUUGAAGACAAAAGCUUUGUAUGGUUUGGUAUGCCUAAGUGGUUCGAACCACUAAAUCAUUUGGCAUAUGCUGAAAAUACUAUCAUCUGUGCCUCGGCUCAUUCAGACUCUUUGAAGAAGGUGAUGACAAUAUUGGGAAGCUAUGAGAGGAUUUCUGGACAGUUGAUUAACAAAGCUAAGAGUUCAUACUAUAUGCAUGUCAAAGCUGUCAAUUCUUUGUUUCAAGAAGUAGGAGAUGCUAUAGGUUUUGCUAGAGGGGAGUUUCCUUUUACCUACUUGGGAUGCCCUAUAUUUUACACUAGAAGAAGGAAAGAUUACUAUAAUGAUCUCAUAAAGAAGGUGAAAGCUAAGCUUCAUUCUUGGAAAGGUAAAUUACUAUCAUUUGGGGGCAAGGCAACACUCAUCUCUAGUGUGUUGCAAAGUAUGCCAGUACAUUUUCUAUCAGUACUUGAUCCUCCAGAUAACAUUAUUGAAUAUUUGCACAAGAUGUUUGCAAGAUUCUUUUGGAGUACAAAAGAGGAAGGUAGAGGUUGGCAUUGGGCUUCUUGGCAGAAGUUAUGCCUUCCUGAGGAAGAGGGUGGAUUAGGGUUCAGAUCUCUACAUGAUAUCUCUAGAGCUUUAUUUUCUAAGCUUUGGUAG